AUGCCGCGGAACAGAGCCUUCUCAGAACCGGAGUACUCUGCAGAGUAUUCGGCGGACUGCUCGGUGACGCUGCCCUCUGACCCCGGGCAGGCGGUAGGGCGAACACAUGAGGUCACAGUUCGGAGCUCAGGAUGCUGCCUCUGUCUCCCUCGGUUCAUGCGCCUCACCUUUGCACCCGAGUCUUUGGAGAACCUUUACCAGACCUACUUCAGACGGCAGAGACAUGAAACCCUGCUGGUGCUGGUUGUGUUUGCCGCCCUCUUUGAUAGCUACAUCAUUGUCAUGUGCGCGGUGGUCUACACCUCUGACAAGCUGGCCUCUGUUUUAGUGGCAUCAGUGGGACUGGCAGCAGAUAUCAUCCUCUACCUGCUGUGCCGCUUCGGGCUACUGCCAGAUCGCAUUUCUCGACGGGUCGUGCCCUACGCCCUGUGGGUGCUCAUAGCAGCUCAAAUAUUCUGCUACCUGGGUCUGAACUAUGCUCGCUUCCACCAGGCCAGCGACACAGUGGGCUGGCAGGCUUUCUUCAGCUUCUCCUUUUUCCUGACUCUGCCUUUGAGGUUGACACCCAUCGUGCUCAUCACUACUGUAUCCUGCGGGGUCCACACCCUGGUUCUGGGGGUCACCAUCGCCCAGCAGCAGCAGGAGGACAUCAAGGGGGCAGCACUUGGCAGACAGGAACGUCUGCUGCUGUCCAUCCUUCCAAAGCACAUAGCAGAUGAGAUGCUGCAGGACAUGAAGAAGGAGCCCAGUCAAAAAGAGAUGCAGCAGUUCAACACCAUGUAUAUGUACAGACAUGAAAACGUUAGUAUUUUGUUUGCAGACAUUGUGGGCUUCACCCAGCUGUCAUCAUCCUGCAGCGCUCAGGAGCUGGUCAAACUACUCAAUGAGCUCUUUGCUCGCUUUGACAAACUGGCUGCAAAAUAUCACCAGCUGAGGAUUAAGAUCCUAGGAGACUGCUACUACUGCAUCUGUGGGCUGCCAGACUACAGGGAGGACCAUGCUGCCUGCUCCAUCAUGAUGGGCCUGGCCAUGGUGGAGGCCAUCUCGUAUGUCCGGGAGAAAACCCAGACAGAUGUUGACAUGCGGGUUGGAGUCCACAGUGGAACAGUCCUGGGGGGAGUGCUGGGUCAGAAACGCUGGCAGUAUGACGUCUGGUCCACUGAUGUCACUGUAGCCAACAAAAUGGAAGCUGGAGGUAUACCAGGUCGUGUCCACAUCUCACAGAGCACCAUGGAGUGUCUUCAUGGAGAGUUUGAUGUGGAGCCAGGGAAUGGAGGUGACCGCUGUGACUACCUGAGGGAGAGGGGCAUCGAGACCUACCUGGUGGUUGUUCCUAAAGGACCUUUGGGAAAGAAUGGCAUCAAUGGUGUAAAGCUGUCUGUAACCUCUUCCAAUGGAAACUCCCCGCUGUUAAUCAACACCACAGAAUGUAACGGCAGUGUAAAUACAGCCUGCACCACACCAGAGGAACCUGAAGAACUGGACACAAGGGUGGUGAACCCAUCUUUUCCUAACCCCCGACGAAGGCUGCGGCUGCGUGACCUGGCUGAAAGAGUGAUUGAUGCUCAGGAGAACGAACAGGAGCUCAACAAACUGCUCAAUGAGGCUCUGCUGGAGAGAGAGACAGUCCAAGCUCUGAAGGGGAAACACACCAACCGACUCUCCCUGAGGUUUGUGGAUCCGGAGCUGGAGACUCGUUACUCAGUAGAGAAGGAGAAGCAGAGUGGAGCUGCCUUCUCCUGCUCCUGUGUGGUCCUGCUCUUCACUGCAACUAUGGAGGCACUCAUAGACCCCUGGCUGAUUGCAAACUACAUCACCUUUGCAGUGGGAGAAGUCCUGCUGCUAAUCCUGACAAUCUGUUCUCUGGCUGCCAUCUUCCCUAGAGUCUUUCCCAAGAAGCUGGUGUCUUUUUCCACCUGGAUAGACCACACCCGCUGGGCUCGUAACACCUGGGCCAUGGCAGCCAUCUUCAUCCUCACCAUGGCUGACAUCAUGGAUAUGCUGAGUUGUCUGCCUCGAGCCCCAGAUUCAGUCAGCACCACAGUGGCUCCCUCCUCCUCCUCCUCCUCCACAUGGUCUGGCCCUAAUAGUUGCCUGGACAACCCCAAAUAUUACAGUUUCAUUGCUGUGCUGGCACUCAUGGCCACCACUAUGCUCGUUCAAGUCAGUCACAUGGUCAAGCUCACACUGAUGCUGCUCAUCACAGUGGCCACAGGCAUCGUAAACAUCUACAGCUGGAGGGACAUCUUCGACUGCUAUGACAUGGCUCGCUUCAAGGACUACAGGUCAUACUUGGUGCCCUCCAAGAUCACAAUGACAGUUAUGAUCUUCAUUAUGAUGGUCAGCUUCUAUUAUUUCUCCCGACAUGUGGAGAAGCUUGCCCGCACCCUGUUCCUGUGGAAGAUUGAGGUCCAUGAGCAGAAGGAGAAGGUGUAUGAGAUGAGGCGCUGGAACGAAGCACUGGUGACCAACAUGCUGCCUGAACACGUCGCUCGACACUUCCUGGGUUCUAAGAAAAGGGAUGAGGAGUUGUACAGUCAGUCCUAUGAUGAGAUUGGGGUCAUGUUUGCCUCCAUCCCCAACUUCUCUGACUUCUAUACAGAGGAGAGCAUCAAUAAUGGAGGGAUUGAAUGCUUACGGUUCCUCAACGAGAUCAUCUCUGACUUUGACAGUCUGUUGGAUGAGACUCAGUUCCGCUGCAUCACAAAGAUCAAGACCAUUGGCAGCACCUACAUGGCAGCAUCAGGGGUCACCCCAGACGUCAGCAAUGGCUACACCUGUAUGAAGAAGGAGGAGCAGUCUGACAGAGAGCGCUGGCAGCACCUGGCAGACCUGGCAGACUUUGCUCUGGCCAUGAAGGUCACACUCAUGAACAUCAACUACCAGUCAUUCAACAACUUCAUGCUACGCAUCGGUCUGAAUAAGGGUGGAGUGUUAGCAGGAGUAAUUGGUGCCCGCAAACCCCACUACGACAUCUGGGGCAACACUGUGAAUGUGGCCAGUCGCAUGGAGUCCACAGGGGUGAUGGGAAACAUUCAGGUUGUGGAGGACUGCUAUAACAUCCUGAAGGAGUACGGCUUCCGCUUUGUGAGGAGGGGGCCCAUCUUUGUGAAGGGGAAAGGGGAGCUACUCACCUAUUUUCUUAAGGGAAGAGACAAACAAGGCUCAUUUAUCAAUGGCUCCUCUGUCACUCUGCCACACCAGGUGGUGGACAGCUAA